CACUUAAGUACAUUAACAAAGUAAAAUGAUCUAUAUAGUUAACGUUUCACUGGCAUAAUGUGGCAUACUAUUUUAGUUCUUAAUUGGAUUUUUUUAAAGUAAAACCUGGCGAUAAUGAUAUGCAUACUGGUACUUGCAAUGCUAUUUAUACAUUUGAUCGAUAUUUCUAAAUAUAUCCGGCGGAAAUAGUAAAACGGAACCAAUAUGGCUUCUAAACAGUUUAUCAAAAUUCACUAACUAAUUAAAACACUAUGACACUCGUUUUGGGGCACCAAUUAAUGCACCAAACAAAGUGCAUUCAUGUAUUUGGUGAGCUUUGUAGGAUCGCACGAGGUGGAGAGAUGCCACCAAUGGCCAUAAUCUCCAUUAAGACAUUAGGAUAUUGUCUUUACCAACUGACUCUUGCUCAAUCAUUAGCCACUGUGAAUGAUAACCAUUUUCAGAACUACAAGCGAUAUGUCAUGGAAAUCUUUUCAGCCUUAAACAAUGAAGAAAUCAAAAGACAGGUUGCAGUAUUCAUUGACAAAGUCGAGAGAAUCAAUAUUGAUGAAAAUGACAGGCGUCUAUCCGAAGAGUUCAUUCGACAGUGGGAGCUGGCAUGCUCCAGAUAUAGCAAUUACUUCUUCGAUGACUCUGCCAUAGUUAUGAAGACGCUUGAUCUCCACAUUCUUCGAGCACCACAAGGAUCUACUGUUGUGCCUUUGCCGGCAUUCAUUUCACAAGGAGCCACUGUUGUGCCAGCAUCCAUUGCACAAGGAGUCACCGCUGUGCCUUUGCAAGCAUCCAUUUCACACGGAUCCACUAUUGUACCCUUGCCAGCAUUCGUUUGCCAGGGAGAGAGCGACCGGAGAAUGAGAAGCAGAGUGACUUCUGUUUGGUAGCCAUGUUGACUUAUUUCAAGAUUGUACCUGUUUGGUUCAUACUGGUGAAAUAGUUCUAUGUUGUUAAGGGCUAUAUGUAUGUACAUACUUGUAUAAAUUUAUAUAUGUAAUUAACUUUAAAUGAGAAAUAUUUGACUGUAUCGUUUCUAUGAAUGGGAAAUGUUUUCUUUGUUGCAAAACCUAUUUCAUCCUAUUUAUACGAUUUGUUUAUUUUUUUGUUGUUCAUAUUUUCGAAACUCCAAAACUUAGAAAACAUAAUCACAACAUGAUGUACCUGAUUGAUCUGAUUGAAAAAUGUAUAUGAAUCUCAUGAAAAUGUGUUCUGUUAUAAACGUACAAAGAUAAACAAACAUAAUCAGUUUUAAAAUAACCGCUAGAGACAGUUAAAGGGACGUAAUUCAAAUAUGUUUAAGUAACUACUUUUUUCUAGAAUACUAAAUUGAUUGUAACAUUGUCAUGUUGCAUGUUUUUGAAUAAUUGUUUCAUAAUUGACAGGAUGUGCAAUAUACUUGUUAUAUAUUUAAAUAUGUACAUAUCAAUAAAUAAAUAUAGGUUGUUCACCUUGUUAGGAAUUAAAAUUAGC